GGCAGACAGAGAUCAAUACACACAGGCCGCAACACCAUCGGGCACUGCACACAAUCCUGCAGACGGGCAAGCACAGCACCCGCAUCUCUAGGUGAACUAGACGCUCGGCACAUCCCAGCUGCACAGACAAACAAUAUUCACAACAGCGACAAAGGGCCCCCGCUGAACUGCUGGUCGCGACACACACAACCACGUUCAACCACUGCAUACAGGAGCCGCGGCCACGCUCUCACUCCGGCACUCAGAGAUAGCCUGCUCUUGACUCGUCCUCCCCUACACGCGAGGCCGGGGGUUGCGCUCGAUUUUAGGUAAUUUGACGCACCCUCACACACAAUACACAAGACCCCUCUACCUCUCCUCGUCGCGCGCCAUCUAUGGCAGAGAAGCCUAGACAAGAGCUUCAUGAAGCCGUUGCUGGCUUCACCCUUGGCACAACAAACGAAGCACAACACCAUGUCGGGUCUCAAGCGAGACAAAGCAAUGAUGCAGGAGAUCGCGCGGAUCGCAGCAGACAACUCUGUAGUCAUUGUGGCUUACAGAUGACAGGCCAGUUUGUACGGGCGCUGGGCGGCAUCUACCACCUCGACUGCUUCAGAUGCGGCGACUGUCAAACGACCGUGGCCGCCAAGUUCUUCCCGCUCGAUGACCCGGAUCGGCCAGGCCACCAAAGACCCCUCUGCGAAACCGACUAUUUUCGUCGUCUCAAUCUGCUCUGUCAUACAUGCAAAGGUGCACUCCGUGGUUCCUACAUCACGGCCCUCGACAAGAAAUUCCAUCUCGAACACUUUACGUGUAGCAUCUGUCCCACAGUCUUUGGCGCGCAAGAUUCAUACUAUGAGCAUGAAGGGAAUGUCUUGUGCCAUUACCAUUUUUCCCUCAAAUUUGCACAAAAAUGUUAUGGCUGUCAGACGUCCAUCCUCAAGCAAUUUGUGGAAAUUCAACGGCAUGGUGUGGAUCAGCAUUGGCAUCCAGAAUGCUAUAUGAUUCAAAAGUUUUGGAAUGUCAAGCUCGCUUCGAGAUCAGAGGAAGAACGUCUCACAAAGGAGUUUGCCCAACUACCAGCGGAAGAAGCAAAACAACGGGAAGCACAGAUGGAGGAAAAAGUCAAUCAAAUCUGGAAUGUCUUGUCGGGUUUUGAAGAAUCGAGUGCCGCGUGCAUUAGCGAUAUGCUCUUGAAUGUAUCGAAUGGCGCGUACAUCGACGGUGUACUCGUUGCCGUCAAAUUCAUCGCACACGUCGAAGUCUUGUUCUCUGCACUCGAUCAUCUCGAAGCAGCCCUCGUUCAAAGCAGUGGCAAGGGCUUGCCAUACAGUCGAGAAGCGAAAAUGCUCUGUAAAAAAGUGAUUGCCUUCUUUACGCUCCUUGCAAAAACGCAAGAAGUCGGGGUUCGCAAAUUGGGCAUCACGCAAGAACUCUUGUCCCUUGUAACCGGUCUCGCGCACUACCUCAAACUCCUCAUUCGCAUUUCCCUGACUGGCUCACUCAAACUGGAACGAGAUCGCGGAGACACCAAAGCCGUUGGCACGUACCUCACAAAACUCGACAGUCUCAGCCGUGAAGCAGUGGCACACUCCCUUCCAUCCCCGUAUUUGCCAGAAAAUGGCGUUGCAGCGAAUACCGACCAACAACGCCACACGAGAGAGCAAUUUGAUGAAUGCUGUUUUGCUUGUCGACAAGCCAUCGAUGAAGCAUGCGUCAAAACAGGUCCAUUACGAUUCCAUCUCGCUUGUAUGCGUUGCGCAUAUUGUCAUCGUGAUUUACAGCGUGAAUGGUCGGAUGCGCAAUUUAAUCGGCAGCAAGGACAUGUCACCUGUGCGGCGUGUGCGAGUGCUCGACCUGGUUCACGGGAAAGCUUCGUGUAUGUGAGUCGUUUAUCUCAGUACAUUUUUUUGCUGCAUGCCGCAUUAUCGAGACUCUAUGGAACGCUCAAGACGGGUCACUCUUUACCACAUACAUCAGAUCCAAAUCUCAAGGAAUACGACUCGUCGAGUGGUCAUGGCGCUGAUCUACCUGCACCGGGCAAGCUGCAACCUGAAGGCCGUUCAAAAUCAUUCGAUGCAGAGGAUACCCAUGCAGAUGGAUCUGCGUCGUAUGCAACCACAUUGAACGAUAUCAGAAGAUUACGAUCAACGCACAUGAAACGACCGCAGUCAACCCAACCACCCAAAGCAAGACAAUUACACCAUGGCGACGAGCGUGGACCAUCAGACAUGAAUUCAAGUCCUGCGGAGUUGAUCGAUGACCAGACUAGCAAUGGUCAAGUAGGUGGAAUGCCAAAAGAACGCAGCAUUACAUUUGACGAUCUCAGCAAACUCGUUCAAACUGAACAACAAAAGCAAAAAAGACCCAUCUCCUUUCUGCGCAAGCCAAAAGGAAAACCAGGCUCACCCCUCAAGAAGAGCUCGAGUGAACAACUGCGGCACGAAGGUGACUUGUCGGGUCCUGACAAUCUACGCAAGAAAUUGUCGAGUCAGAAUGAAUCGAUGCUGUCGCUUGGUAUGCGCACAAAGACGUAUUUUUCAGAGUUGUCUGCCCUUGAAGCCUUCAUUGUACGGCAUAUCGCCGUCUUGUCGCUCGAACCGCUUGUUCGAGAUUACUACAAUAUGGAGGAGCUUCUUGAUCUCAUUGAAACGCGCAAAGGUGGAUUCUGGGGCAAGUUUGGUAAAGCCUUCAAGCCACCCAAGGAUGAAAAGAAGACCAAAAAGAAGGGUACCUUUGAGAUUCCUCUAGAAAUGCUGGUUGAGCGGAAUGCUGUUGAAAGCACACUGGGAAAUGGUCCUGGUCAGUUGCGCAUCCCGGAUGUUGUGGAUGACUUGAUCAUGGCAAUGAAAGGUAUGGACAUGUCUAUUGAGGGUGUCUUUCGCAAGAACGGCAACAUUCGGCGCCUCAAGGAUCUCAGUGAAGCUAUUGACAAGGGCAGCAAUAGCGUCAACUUUGCUGAAGAGACACCCGUUCAGCUUGCGGCUCUGCUCAAAAAGUUUUUGCGAGACUUGCCAGAUCCACUCAUGACAUUCAAGCUGCACAAGCUGUUUGUCCUGUCUCAACGGCAUGAGAGUGAGGAAGUCAGGUAUCGUAUCAUGCAUCUGACAUGUUGCCUGCUGCCAAAGGCACAUCGAGAUACGUUGGAAGUGGUGCUCUCCUUCCUUGCGUGGGUCGCGCAAUUUGCUCAUGUUGAUGAAGAGUCUGGCAGCAAGAUGGAUGAGCACAACCUCGCCACCGUUGUUGCUCCCAAUAUCUUGUAUUCACGCAUCACCAAUGGCAAAGCAAACAACAUGGAUGAUUCAUUUGCUGCGAUCGAGGCCGUGUAUGCCAUGAUCAAGUACAGCGAGGAGUUUUCCGUCGUGCCGGACGACUUGAUGACCAUCUUGGCAGACACAAGCUUGUUUUCCGGUUCGGCAGACUUGACAACAAAGGACAUUCUCAAGCGAUGUGAGGAAAAGCUGGCGACGCGUACAGCAGUAUCGAGUCAUACAGUCGAGGCCAUUACUCGGCGUCCACAAGAUUCACAGGGGACCGCAAGCAGCAAUGCUUCCUCUGCAACGAGACCGGCAUUGCGUGUUGAAAGUGACUCGGUGCAGCUUGAAGCAGCAACAGCGGAACGAUCUGCUCGGCAACAUGGGAACUGGUCGCAACCUGUCACACCUGUGACUACCCAUUCGUCUCCCCGCAAAGCAGCCCGGCUUGAAUAAGGCCUUGUAGCAGAGCGGUUAUUGAAAAAGGUUGGUGCAUUGCAUUUAAUGAAAGAGCCUGUACACUCUUGUCUUACAUUUGAGGAGCGUCAUCUCAUGUCUUGUAGGUCUUGGUCUAGUCAUCGCAAUCUAAUACGUGUCCCUUCUGCGAUGUGACUGUCUCUUUUCUUGUCGCAGAUUGAGUUUCGACGCGCCGA